UUAAGCCACCAAAAAAGCCAUAAACUCUCUCUCUCUCUCUUUCUCUCUCCCUCUCUCACAUCACUCAUCAAAACUAUUUCAUUCUCUUCCCUUUUACGUUUGAGCUACGUUUCUUCUGAAAGAUGGGUUUCUCGGACGCUGGAAUUUGUCUCUCCGAUCAAAACAACCUCUGCGAAACGGAGCUAGGGUUCCUUCGUGUACCCUCUCUAGGGUUUUCAGACCGGAGCGUUCAAGAAUCACGGCAAGAUCAAGAUCUUGAAACUAAAUCCCAAGAAUCAACAAAUUGUUCACUCGGAAAAGGAGUAAGGGUAAAGAAGGAAGAAGAAGAAGAGAAAGAAGAAGAAGAUUUCUGUAAGACUCCAACACGCCACGACCAAAUUCUCCCGGCGAUUCCAAAUAUUUGUCCGCCGGCGCCGAGGAAACCUAAGGGAGUCCCGUCGAGAAGUUUGAAGGUUAGAAACUCUUAUAGAAGCAGGAGAAUGAUCAUUCUGAAUGUUUCUAGAGAGAUUGAUUGUAUGUUUCAUUCAGCAUCUCUAUGUAACAAAAUUAAGAAAGCCAGACAUAUCUGAUGUGUUUCUUAUGUAUGUAAUAACUUAGCUACGUAUAAUCAAAUUGUAAUAAAUUUACGAGUUGUAUAAUGUAGUGAUGAUAUACUGUU